GCAAUACCACUAAAUUGACAAUUGAAUCGCUGUUAGCACUUGAUUAAUUUCCCGCUCUUCUUCUUAACCCCAAAACCCAAAAUCCGCAGAGUAGAAAAAUAUCAUUUCAUCGCCUAUGUGUUUUUCUGAACAAAAGAAAAGUUAGCGAAAAUUCUGCUCAGUUGCUACUAAUCCCAAAAAUGGGAGAUCUCUCGAAAAAUAUCGACAGCGAGAAGUCGAUUUCGUACUGCGAUGAUAUGAUUAGGGUUUUGAAGGAUAAGAGGGAAAUUGACGUCUUGAUGCAGUCCUUUGAUAAUGUGAAGAUCUUGCAAUCUUCCAGCCUCGCUGAUUUCAAUGAGGUUCAAAACAUGCUUCAAGAUUAUGAGGGCAAAAUAGCGGCGUGCAAGCAGAAAACUGAGGCAGCAAAAUCUGAGGUUGUUUCUGAUGAGGAAUUAGACCUUCUUAACAAAGAAUUAGAAGAAGAACGUGACAGAGAAUGUUUGCUUUUGGAGGAGCUUAGAGUUAUCACCAAAGAAAUUGAUGAAUUAGAACGCGAAAGGAUAACUAUUCAGGAAAAGACACAGAUAUUGAGGGAGUCCAAGCAAGAUGAGCGUAGGGCAGAGAGAACACUUUCUAUGUUUGCAUCUGUCACAAAUAUUAUUCCUGACCUGUAUGACCCAUCUAAAGUUUCAGGCCAUAUUGUUGACAGAGAUAAGAAGCUGGUCAAGCAAUUUGAAUUUGACCAAGAACAGAUGAUUCCCUUUGAUACGUGUGAUAGCAUUUGGAAGAUGAUAGGUUCAUGAAGCACCCUUCGGUUGCCUUGUGUAAUAAUAAUAUAAAGGGUCUAUGGCACUGGUUUUUGAUGUGCGGGUAUGUGAUUGUGACAUGUGCGAACACAAUAAAUCAGUCAUCACCAACGAGAUUAAUGAGUAAGAACCAGAAAUAAUUUUUGCCCAAAUCCUAUUUGGCUUUGUAGUUUUCUUCUCAAUGACCUCUUUUCUUUCCUUGAUCAAUUAUACCGGUUUUUAUUCUGGAUAAAUUACAUGUAAUUAUUGAAGCUUAAUCUAGAUUUUGAAGUAACCCAUGUGAUGCACAUUUUGUUUAACGAGAAACCUUUUUCUCAUCUAAUGUCACUAAUAGUUAUUUUCAAUC